AUGUUAAAGCAGGAGCAGCAGGAGCAGCAGGAGGAGCAGCAGGAUCAUCAGGAGGAGCAUCAGGAGGAGCAGCAGGAGCAUCAGGAGGAGCAGCAGGAGCAUCAGGAGGAGCAUCAGGAGGAGCAGCAGGAGCAUCAGGAGGAGCAGCAGGAGCAUCAGGAGGAGCAUCAGGAGGAGCAGCAGGAGCAUCAGGAGGAGCAGCAGGAGCAGCAGGAGGAGCAGCAGGAGCAUCAGGAGGAGCAGCAGGAGGAGCAGCAGGAGGAGCAUCAGGAGAAGACCUGA